CCUCCCGUUAAAAGUUUAUCGAACGUAAAAUCAGCUUAAAACACUUUAUCUUUACUAUUUUCACAUGAAAUAAUCUCACAUCAUGCUGUCAUCAGUCAAACUGAUUGUACGAAACCGUCAAUUGUGCAAUAAUUUGAGGUUACAAACGCUAGCAAGGAACAUGAGUCUUUUAAAACAUAAAGCCUUCGUCAACAAUGACUGGGUGCAAGGUGUGAGUGGUAAUACAUUUGAUGUUAUAAAUCCUGCUAACAGUCAAGUCGUAGGUUCUGUUCCUAAUAUGAAUACUGAGGAUACACAACAGGCCAUCGAGGCUGCUUCGUUGGCUUUCCAGACUUGGCAGGACACAACAGCUAAAGAAAGAUCUCAGUUGUUGAGGCGCUGGUUUGAUCUUAUGGUUGAAAAUAAACAGCAGUUGGCAGAGAUUAUGACGGCUGAGAGUGGGAAACCGAUAAAUGAGGCUUUGGGUGAGGUUGUGUACGGUAACUCGUUUGUAGAAUGGUUUUCUGAACAAGCUAGACGUAUUGAUGGUGAAAUCAUACAAAGUCCUACGCCAUCAAAACAGAUUCUAUUAACCAAACAGCCUAUUGGUGUUGUUGCUUUGAUUACACCAUGGAAUUUUCCACAUGCUAUGAUCACAAGAAAAGCUGCGGCUGCUUUAGCAGCUGGUUGUACGUGUGUUAUUAAACCGGCUGAAGACACACCGUUGACAGCACUUGCGUUAGCACAACUGGCACAAGACGCAGGUAUACCUAAAGGUGUUAUUAAUAUUGUCACGUGUGACCGGUCUCUGGCUCCUGAAGUCGGUAAGGUUUUAUGUGAGCAUCCAAAAGUUGCCGGUUUGUCUUUCACCGGUUCCACAGAAGUCGGUAAGAUUUUGUACCAGCAAUGUGCUAAGCAUGUUAAAAGAGUCGGUUUGGAAUUAGGAGGCAACGCACCGUUUAUAGUAUUCUCAAAGUCUGAUUUAGACAAGGCUGUUCAAGGGGCUAUGGCUUCAAAAUUCAGGAACUGUGGACAAACCUGUGUAUCCGCUAACAGAUUCAUUGUUCAAAAAGACAUCUUUGAUCAGUUUGUAAGCAAAUUAAAGUUCGCAAUGCACAAUCAACUUGUAAUAGGCGACGGUAAGGACACAAAAACCACAAUAGGACCUUUAAUCAACAAAGCACAAGCCACCAAAGUCCACGAUCUGGUCCAAGAUGCUUUAUCCAAAGGCGCUGAGGCUGUAGUCGGUGGCAAACCUGCAACCCAUGGAGCCCUAUUCUAUGAACCCACGCUACUCACAAACAUCAACAAAGACAUGCGAGUAUAUAGUGAAGAAAUAUUUGGACCAGUUGCAGUAUGCAUAUCCUUCGAAACUGAAGAGGAGGCUUUGAAUAUUGCAAAUGAUACUCGCAGAGGCUUAGCUGGAUAUUUUUAUAGUUCGGAUAUUGCUCAAGCUUUUAGGGUUGCAAAGAAAAUGGAAGUUGGUAUGGUUGGUAUAAACGAGGGCAUGAUUUCUGCAACUGAGGCUGCUUUUGGAGGGAUAAAGGAGUCAGGGGUUGGUCGAGAAGGGUCUAAGCAUGGGAUUGAGGAAUAUGUUUAUGUGAAGUAUACUUGUUUCGGAGGUUUGAAUUAA